AUGGCAGCGUUUCUAGGCAUCAUGAUAAUUAUGGGUGUUGAUCCAAAAGGGGAACUAAAUGACUAUUGGUCAACAAAUACUGCUUUAAGAAAUGAAAAAAUUGCAGGUGUAAUGAGCCGUAAUAGGUUUCAAAAAAUAUUGCAAUAUUUUCAUGUCAAUGAUGCAAGAAAUGAUCCAGCUAAUAAAAGUAAUCCUGCUGAGAGAGCUACAGAGAGAAGACAUAGACCAAUGUAUAAAGUUGCACCAAUACUGAAAACUGUAAUACAUCAAUCACAACAGAUGUAUAAUCUUCAUUGUGAGGUGGCAAUAGACGAAGCCAUCAUUGGGUAUAAAGGGAGAUAUAAUGGAAUUCCAACUGUGUUCAUCCAGGGAAAACCCAGAGCCAAAGGGUUCAAAGUAUAUGUUUUGGCAGAUAGUCAUUCAAAUUACGUGGCUAAUCUCAAAUUUAUGACUAGUACUGGAAGUCAUGAAGAGGAUAUGCGAAACGUUUCCAAAACUGCUGCCUUAUGCGAGAAUUUAAUCCAGCCAUUCACUGGAUUACAUCAUGUUCUCUACACAGAUAGUUAUUAUACCAGCAUUGAGAUGGCCAGUAGGCUCCUGGACUAUCACCAUACCUAUGUUGUUGGAAGUAUGCGCCAAGAUAGAAGGGGAUUCCCAAAUGCCCUUCGCACAAAUCCCAGAAGAAACCCAGCAAGUAACCAGACUUUCCAUAGUCUGAUUGCUGGAAAUAAUGUGGAGCCAAUUACAUGUAUAAUUUAG